AUGCAUGGAAAAGAGAUGAUCAAACAAAUUUAUGAUUAUCUUAGAGGGGAGAAGACUAAACCUGAAUGGAGAUGUCUAAUGAAUAAAAAUGCAGCCAGGCCAAAAGCUACCUUUACUCUAUGGAUUUUGUUGAAUAGAAAGCUAGCAACAGUGGAUAGACUUGCUAAAUGGGGAAUGGCACUUGAUAAAACUUGUGUUUUGUGCAAAAGUGCAGAUGAAAGUAUAGAUCAUAUGUUCAUCCAAUGUCAAUAUGCUGGAGAGGUUUGGGAGAGACUAUUAAGGUGGAUUGAUAAUCACAGUAACAGACCAAGGACAUGGACACAGUUUAUACAAUGGAGUAUUCAAAAUGGGAAAGGGAAGACUACAAGAGCAGAACUAUUCAAGAGGAUACUUGUUGAAGGAGUUUAUGGAUUGUAG